AGCAGGUGAGCAGCAGUGAGCUAGCGUUACGUGGGAAACCGCGAGGUGAAAACGUGGUGAUAGAACGCGUGAAAUGAUCAGGAUACAAAUUUGAAAAAUCCGAGUAAUCCACGAGGAUGCCUUCUAAAGAGGAGCCUGCAGGUGACAGUCUCCUGGAUAGGCUUGUCAAGAGUGACGAACAUGAGGUUGUGAAUAGCCGGAUUAAGAGCACGGACAACGCUGAAGGGCACAAACUGCGACCAGGAACAGACAGUUUUCCAAAUAUUAAUGAGAAACCGGUCGACGAUAUUUCUAUCGAAUUCUUUUAUAAACCGCACAGCAUUACAUUGCUGCUGAUUGCGAUUGGAGCUGUAAUAUAUUCCGCUUUUACUAGGGAUACCAAUAAUGUGGAGGAAAACAUUUGGACUGGAGUACUAUGCAUCAUAUUUUUCUUUCUAAUCAUAUCAAUUCUCACAUUUCCAAAUGGACCAUUUACCAGACCUCAUCCAGUUAUCUGGAGAUUCGUAUUUGGCUGUAGUGUAUUGUAUUUAAUGGGAUUACUAUUUUUGUUGUUCCAAAAUUAUGAAACAGUGAAAAAAAUUUUUAUAUGGAUUGAUCCAGCCUUGGCAUCAUUUCAUAUUGAUAUGGAUAAAGAAUAUGGUGUUAAUUGCUCGGAUAUCACGUUAGAGAAGAUAUGGAACCACUUAGACAUUUUUGCGGUGGCUCAUUUCUUGGGGUGGACUUUGAAAGCUAUACUCAUUCGACAUUUUGGUAUUCUGUGGGCUAUUAGUGUUAUGUGGGAAGUAACAGAGAUAGCGUUUGCCCAUUUACUACCAAACUUUGUGGAAUGCUGGUGGGAUGCUUUUAUACUCGAUGUUGUUGUUUGUAAUGGUUUGGGUAUCUGGGUGGGAUUGAAAAUUUGUUCGCUCCUGGAAAUGCGAGAGUACAAGUGGGUGAGUGUUAGAGACAUUGAAAGCACCACUGGAAAACUGAAGAGAGUGAUGCUGCAGUUUACACCUGGCAGUUGGACUGCCGUCAGAUGGUUGGAUCCAACCUGCACAUAUAUGAGAUUUGUUGCUCUGUGCCAGUUGGUUAUUUUCUGGCAAGUGUCAGAGCUGAAUACAUUUUUCUUGAAACAUGUAUAUGAAUUUCCACCCUCUCAUCCUUUUGUUGUUGCAAGACUAAUACUAAUUGGAGUAAUUGUUGCACCAUCAGUUAGGCAAUACUACAUGUUCGUAACGGAUCCAUCGUGUAGUAGAGUAGGAACACAGUGUUGGGUCUAUGGUGCAAUUAUGGUUACAGAAGCAUUACUCUGUAUUAGGCACGGUGCUGCAUUAUUUGAGCGCACUCAAGUAUUAAAUAUUCUAUUAUGGCUCCUUUGUCAAUCUCUAGUCUCUGUUCUCUGUGUUUAUGGCUGUGUUCUUUGGCAUCAAUACUUCGAGACUGAAAAGAAAGCUACUGCAAAACAGUCAGUUACCCAGCUAGGCAACAGCCAUGUGGAAGUAACCCGCAGCACCGGGGGUAUGGUUCACUCUGCAAAAUCUGUGGACACACUGGAAAAGAAGCGAUUGUGAAGAAAUUCACAGGAAGGAACGACCGACUUAAGGGUGAAGUGUUUACCACUAUCAAACUUUCUAGUCGCGCUAUAUUGACAUACGAAGGAGAGUAUUUAAAUUUAGUACGUUACUGAUGGAUGUAUGAGCUCUCUGAUUCUUCUCAUAUUGCGCCCGUUUACUGUGUGAAUGUUAUAAAAAAUAGAUAAAUCAAGAAUCUUGUUCCUGAGAAUAAACGGACAGCGUCGUUACCACUUAAAUAUAUCAGGCUUCCUUAUAUAU